CUCCUCCCUCCCGCCUCUGAACGGAUCGUCAGCCGGCGGAACUGUGAGAAGCGGAACGGAUAUUCGAUYAGCUUGUUAAACUACGGACAUAUUUGUCAGAAGCACGCGAUGACUCAGAGCGGUACACACAUGGAGCAACACACUGGAGGUGAGGCGGGUGAGAGCAGCCAUGAAGAAGACUACGAUGAAGGKGGAAGUCUGGACGACAUGUCAGACGGAGGAGGAGACGAUGACUGCGGUGAUGAGGAGAAGUGGUCGGCUGAGGAUGUGGAGGAAGAGAAGCCAGGCGGCAUGGCUGGAUGGGCCGAGGCCAUGGCCAAGAUCCUGGGGAAGGAAAAAUCGAAGAGCUGCGACAAGAUCCUGGUUCAGAACAAAGAACUGAACAAGAGGAAGGAAGCGGAGAGGAAACUGAAGCUGGACAAGAAGACACAGGUGGACAAGAAGCAGAUGAGGGAGAUGAUGUUUCGAGAGAAACCUGACAUUGUGAAGGACCGCGAGACGGAGAGAGCUCUGCAGAGGAUCGCCACCAGAGGUGUGGUUCAGCUCUUCAACUCUGUCCGGAAACACCAGAAAACAACCAACAACAUGGUGAAAGAGGCCGGAGGCUCCGAGAGGAAGAAGUCCAAGAUUCUUUCAUCGGUGUCAAAACGAGACUUCAUUUCUGUCCUGAGGAAAGCAGAGGAGGGAGGCCGAGGCUCCGACCAGACUAACAAGGAUCCUGCUCCUGGUCCAGAGAAACCUGCCUGGAGUGUCCUCAGAGAGGACUUCAUGAUGGAAGCUUCAAUGAAAGACUGGGACCAGAUCAGUGACAACGAGGGUCCCAACUCCAGAGACAACUGAGCCCGACCCCCUGAUACCUGAGGGUCCAAACUCCAGAGACAACUGGGCCUGACCCCCUGAUACCUGAGGGUCCCAACACCAGAGACAACUGGGCCUGACCCCUGAUACCUGAGGGUCCCAACACCAGAGACAACUGAGCCCGACCCCCUGAUACCUGAGGGUCCAAACUCCAGAGACAACUGGGCCUGACCCCCUGAU